AUGAUAACUGCAGCCCAUAGUAUCCUCAAAUGGAUUGCACGACGAAUCAGUACGCCUGUGCAAGCAGAAGAAACUACAAGGAAAAGCAACACUAUACCUUUUUCAGAGGAUUUAAUUGUAACAACCCUAAAGGUCUGCAAAAUGUGUCUGGGCACCUCAACAAACAAGCGUGUGGAGAAAGAAAUUGAAGAGGUGUCUCCUGAUUGGACAACAUUUGUAGAGGGCUACUAUAGUAUCAUACAAUUAAGUCAUAAUGAAUCCUCACUGUAUUGUUUUAGUGACGGCGCCGAGAUCGACAUUCCUGCCAAGUAUGCUGAGCAAUGCCGCCAUGUUUUAGAUCAAAUUGAGGCAAUACUCCCACAGCUGGAUAUAGAUGCAGGAAAGAAUAUCUGGAUCCUGAAACCAGCAUUUCUCUCCAGAGGAAGAUCUAUACGUUGUAUGAAUCGCAUAGAUGAGAUCUACAAAUUUCUACAAAGCCGUCAAAAACGUAUGAUUGCAAAGCAGUGGGUGGUACAAAAGUACAUUGAGAGGCCAUUUCUCAUUUAUGGCACAAAGUUUGAUCUGCGCCAGUUUUUCCUGGUAACAGACUGGAACCCCCUGACUGUCUGGUUCUAUAAGGAAACUUGCUGUCGAUUCUCAUCACAGCCUUUCGACUUGGAUAAUCUAGACCGCUCCAUUCACCUGUGUAACAGAUCCAUACAGCAGUACCUUACAAACUGCCCAACCCGUCACCCUGACCUUCCUGAAGACAAUUUAUGGUCUAAUGUACAAUUGAAGGAAUACCUACGUAUGAUUGGGGCAGAACAUGCCUAUGAAGAGGUGAUGGUGCCAGGCAUGAAGAAAGCCAUAUAUUACACCUUGCAAGUUUGUCAGGAUAUAGUAAAGCACAGAAAGAACAGCUUUGACAUUUAUGGCGCAGAUUUCAUGUUCGGAGAGAACUUUAAUCCAUGGCUGAUUGAGAUCAAUUUCAGACCAGAUACAACUUCACAAGCACCAGUAGCUAAUGUGAUAUUUGAAAGUCUUUUAGAAGACACCAUAAAGGUUGUUAUUGACCGAAGGAAUGACCCUAACUGCGACAUCGGAGCAUAUGAGCUUUUACAGAAACAGGUACAUUUUUAUUAAGGUACUGAUAAUGGGAAUGUAUAAUCAUAGGGAUAUAC